AGAGAGAGAGAGAAAAACAAUGUGAAAGACUAAUUGAAAAGGAGGUUUACAGAUACAGUAGUAGUAGUGAGUGAGUGAGUGAGAGAGAGAAAGAAAGAAAGGCUGAGAAGAGAGCUCAGAGCUGUAUUGUUGCAGGUUUCGUGCCAGAGCUUGGCAGAAGUCUUUUAACUUUUCUUCUCAAUAAUUCUCUCUCUCUCUCUCUGUGGUUCUUACGGUGCUUUGCUGGCUAGUAUUUACACACCAGUAAAGUGUUUUCUAUCUCUCUCCCUGUAGUCUUUUAUCUUUCUCUGUAUUCGAGAGAGAGAGAGAGAGGAUACUUCAAUUGCUCACUGUAUUUAGCAAUCCUCCCUGCCACAAAGGAUGUGAUUGAACAAGAAAACUCUUCGUGAACAUAUAUUAUUAAAAAUUCUCUCCCUUUCUUUCUAUUCAUAUGCUAGUAUUUUUAUCCAUUCCCAUUCCCCAUUCCCAUUCCCUGGACUGUUUCGUUUCAAGUGUCGGUGGCGUUUCCAUCCUACUCCUCUGCUCUCACACCACCCCACCAGUACAAGGUCACACGGCGUCCUUGAAAUCGAGAAAAUUUGAAUAAAUACAGACACUUUGGCUUGGCUGUCCCGUCGCGACUCUCAAUGGUGGUGUGGUGGUAGUUGUUGAGAUUGAAUGUUUGAGAUAUUAUUAGAAAAGAAAAAAAAAAAAGUGACUUUCUCAGCGAGGAGUGAGCAGCAAUGGCAUUUUCUCAGCGAGUGAGGGUUCUUGUGCUCUUUCUGGGUUGUUUAAGCUUCUUUGGCUUUGUACUCUCCUCAGACGAAGGGGCUACGCUAUUGGAAAUGAAGAAGUCAUUUAGGGAUGUGGAUAAUGUGUUGUAUGACUGGACAGAUUCACCAUCUUCAGACUACUGUGUGUGGAGAGGGGUAACAUGUGACAAUGUCACCUUCAAUGUCAUUGCACUCAAUCUCUCAGGUUUAAAUCUUGAUGGGGAAAUCUCACCUGCGAUUGGCGACCUUAAAAGUCUGCUCUCUAUUGAUAUGAGAGGAAAUCACCUCUCAGGACAGAUCCCCGAUGAAAUUGGUGACUGCUCCUCUUUGAAAAGCUUGGACCUAUCAUUCAAUGAGUUAUAUGGGGACAUACCGUUCUCAGUUUCAAAGUUGAAACAACUAGAACACCUAAUUUUGAAAAACAAUCAGUUAAUUGGUCCAAUUCCCUCAACCUUGUCCCAAAUUCCAAAUUUAAAACUCUUAGACCUUGCACAGAAUAAACUGAGUGGGGAAAUACCUAGGCUUAUAUACUGGAAUGAAGUUUUGCAAUAUCUAGGUUUGCGUGGGAACAAUUUGGUUGGUACUCUCUCUCCUGACAUGUGUCAGCUGACAGGGUUGUGGUACUUUGACGUAAGAAAUAAUAGUCUGAUUGGUAGCAUCCCUCAGAACAUAGGCAACUGCACCGCCUUCCAGGUCUUGGACUUGUCUUAUAAUCAGCUGACUGGAGAGAUUCCUUUUAAUAUUGGGUUCUUGCAAGUCGCUACAUUAUCUUUGCAAGGUAAUCAACUCUCAGGACAAAUCCCAUCGGUGAUUGGCUUGAUGCAGGCACUUGCUGUGUUAGAUUUAAGCUGCAACAUGCUGAGUGGACCUAUCCCUCCUAUUCUAGGAAAUUUGACUUACACGGAGAAAUUGUAUCUGCAUGGUAACAAGCUGACUGGGCCCAUUCCCCCAGAGCUCGGAAAUAUGACAAAACUUCAUUAUCUGGAAUUGAAUGACAAUCAGCUCACUGGGCCUAUUCCACCAGAACUUGGGAAGCUCACCGACUUGUUUGACCUAAAUGUUGCUAACAACCUCCUUGAUGGGCCUAUACCUUAUAAUGUUAGUUCAUGCACAAAUCUAAACAGCCUCAAUGUGCAUGGGAACAAGUUGAAUGGAACCAUCCCACCUGCAUUUGAGAGGCUGGAAAGCAUGACAUAUCUGAAUCUCUCCUCUAACAAUUUGAGGGGUCCUAUUCCAAUUGAGCUAUCACGGAUUGGCAAUUUGGAUACUGUGGACAUAUCAAAUAACAGGAUUAGUGGUUCCAUUCCUUCUUCCCUUGGUGACUUGGAACAUCUCCUGAAACUGAAUUUAAGCAAGAAUAAUUUGGUAGGGUUUAUACCAGCUGAAUUUGGUAAUCUAAGAAGUGUUAUGGACAUAGAUCUUUCAAAUAAUCACCUCUCUGGUCCGAUUCCUCAAGAACUUGGUCAGCUUCAAAACCUCUUCUUGCUGAGAGUAGAAAGCAACAAUUUAUCUGGAGAUGUGAUAUCACUGAUAAACUGCCUCAGUCUUACAGUUUUAAAUGUAUCUUAUAACAACCUAGCUGGGAAUAUUCCUACUGGCAAUAACUUCUCGAGGUUCUCACCAGAUAGCUUCAUAGGAAAUUCUGGUAUUUGUGGCUAUUGGGUUGGUUCUCCUUGUCAUGUAUCUCAUCCAACCGAGCGAGUCACAAUUUCUAAAGCAGCUAUACUAGGGAUUGCUCUGGGUGCCCUGGUGAUACUCCUCAUGAUCUUAGUGGCAGCAUGCCGGUCGCACAAUCCUACACCUUUUCUGGAAGGAUCACUAGACAAACCAGUUAAUUACUCGUCACCGAAGCUUGUGAUCCUUCACAUGAACAUGGCACUUCAUGUGUACGAUGAUAUCCUGAGGAUGACAGAGAACUUGAGUGAGAAGUAUGUAAUUGGCUAUGGUGCAUCAAGCACUGUGUACAAGUGUGUUCUUAAAAAUUGCAAGCCAGUGGCAAUUAAGAGACUGUAUUCCCAAUACCCACAGUGCCUAAAAGAAUUUGAGACAGAGCUUGAGACAGUUGGGAGCAUCAAGCAUCGGAAUCUUGUCAGUCUUCAAGGUUAUUCCUUGUCCCCAUCUGGGAACCUUCUCUUCUAUGACUACAUGGAAAAUGGCAGUCUAUGGGAUCUCCUUCACGGCCCUACAAAGAAGAAAAAACUGGACUGGGACACUCGUCUUCGGAUAGCACUCGGAGCAGCCCAAGGUCUUGCAUAUCUUCACCAUGAUUGUAGCCCUCGCAUAAUCCAUAGGGAUGUGAAGUCAUCAAACAUUCUAUUGGACAAGGAUUUUGAGGCCCAUCUCACUGACUUCGGCAUUGCCAAGAGUUUAUGCACCUCCAAGUCUCAUACUUCUACUUACAUAAUGGGUACGAUUGGUUACAUUGAUCCAGAAUAUGCACGUACUUCCCGUCUCACCGAGAAGUCUGAUGUCUACAGCUAUGGGAUUGUUCUACUUGAGUUGCUGACUGGAAGAAAAGCAGUGGACAAUGAAUCCAACCUCCAUCAUCUGAUUUUAUCAAAGACAGCAAACAAUGCAGUCAUGGAUACUGUUGAUCCUGAGAUAUCGGCCACGUGUAAGGAUCUUGGGGCAGUAAAGAAAGUAUUUCAGCUUGCGCUUCUGUGCACCAAAAGACAGCCGUCAGAUAGGCCAACAAUGCAUGAAGUGGGACGUGUCCUUGUAAGCCUUAUGCCAUCCGACACAACACCAAAACAAUUGACCCCAACUACACCCACACCAACAACCCUCCCAUCUGCUAAGGUGCCCUGCUACAUGGAUGAAUAUGCAAAUCUCAAGACUCCACACUCGGUGAACUGCUCAUCCAUGAGCACCUCAGAUGCUCAGCUCUUCCUUAAAUUUGGAGAGGUAAUAUCUCAAAACAGUGAGUGAAGACGCAGCAGCAGAAGAAGAAUCAAAAUGUAGAGGUACCAUCUAUUAUCUCUCAAGAAAGUAGUGUAGUGUGUAGUGGGGAGAAUCAGAAUGUGACAAUUUUGUAUAAAAAUUUUAGUAACCAAUUAUUGUGGGUAGGAAGAUGGAAAGGUUAGACAGCUAUUUUACAGAUUUUAAAUGUCUAGUGCGCCCAAUUGAUGUAUCUCUGCUGUACUGUAUCAAAUUAUUGUAGUAGUCCGGACUCUCUCUGGCA